AUGCCGUCGUCGUCGUCGCACAGGCCGCACCCGUUGCGCCAGUCGCACACAGCCGACUAUCGCUCUUCCGAUAUUUACCGCCAGCCCUCGACAGCAUCCUCAUCUGCCUCGUCGGGCUAUUCCCAUGUGUCUUCUGCUUCUUUCGAUCUGAAUCUAAGUCGAGCCCCCAGCGCCAUGUCCGCCGCGUCCAGUGUUUACUCGACCACGAACCCGGGAUACGGCCACAAGAGAGGGCAAAGCGAGGCCAGCCACUUGGUUCCAAGUCUUCGUUCUUCUCAUAGUUAUUCCUCUACGCCCACCACACCAACACCGGAUAAUAUCUAUUCGGCUGCUCGUCAAUCGCUCCGACCACUCCCCCAGGUGCCACCAGGUACUUCUUCUUCGACGACAUUAACACCACCACCCCGCGCUCCCAGCCACCGUGACCGAGGCUAUAGUGUAGACAUCGGUAACAGUCGCUAUGAUCUGGGUCAGAAUGUUGAUGCCAUCCCCAGCCACCACUCCCGAGGCCGCAGCGUCGACGUCGGCAGGUUAGAUAUGGCCAGCCUGUCGCUAUCGUCACCUCGUGAACGAACCCCGCCAACCUCACCACAACCUCCAACACCACCCCGCCGCGGCUCCCUCGUACCAGCAACCUCGCCGGCCGCGGCAAACCCACCAACACCCCCAGGUCAUGGCAACCACCGGCCCUCGGUCGUCCGUCCUACUUCGAUGCUUCUGACUCGAUCCGACACCGUCAUGGCACCCCGUCGACCUAGCGACGUCGGCAUCAUGCCCCCCCCUCUGCUGAGCGCCCACACAGUAGCACCGAUUCUUAGGCCGGAUCUGGAAAGUUUGGGGCGAUCCUCGACCAGUGAACUACGAACAUUGUCCAAGCUGGCCAAAUCGGACGAUUUCAGUACCAUCACUUCUGCCACGCAAGAGGUUGUCGGGUUGAGAGGUCGUCGCCGUUUGAAAUCAAACCGGCCCGCGGCCAAGUCUGGCUGGGAAAACAGAAACUGGAUGGACAGGCAGAGGCAGUUUCUGCAAGCGUACGAAUACCUCUGCCACAUUGGCGAAGCAAAAGAGUGGAUCGAGGAUAUCAUCCAGCGGGCGAUCCCGCCGAUUGUGGAAUUGGAGGAAGCCCUGCGGGAUGGAGUUACUCUGGCGGAAGUGGUGGAGGCGUUGAACCCGGAGAGGAGGUUCAAGAUUUUUCGGAACCCGAAGUUGCAGUACCGGCACAGCGACAAUAUUGCGAUUUUUUUUCGGUAUCUGGAUGAGAUUGAGCUGCCGGACUUGUUUAGGUUUGAGUUGAUUGACCUGGGGUGGUGGGGUUCAGGAUUGGGAAUUUGGUUGGGCAGUUGGAGUUUGAGGAUAGCGAGCUGGAGAAGAUGCAGAGGGGGUUGGAUAAGCUGGGGGGGGCGAUGCCUAGUUUUGGGAAUAUGGGGGCUGAUUUUGGGGUGGUGGAGGAGAUGGUGGAGGAGGAGACGGAGGAGGAAAGGGUGGAGAGGGAGUUUGGGGGAGGCGGAGGAGAGUGUGAGGGAGUUGCAGGCGCAGGUUAGGGGGGCGGUGGCGAGGAUGAGGUUGGGGGAGAUGAUGGAGAGGUUGUGGGAGGAGGAGGAGUGGUUGGUUGAUUUGCAGAGUAGGGUUAGGGGGGGGAUGAUGAGAGAGGUGGUGGAGUGGAAGUUGGAGCGGGAGCGGGUGGUUAGGCAACUGCAGGCUGCUGCUAGGGGGUGGUUGGUUAGGAAUGGGAGGGAGAUGAGGGAACGGGAGGUCAAGAGGGCGGAGCCGGCGGUGGUGAAGCUGCAGAGUGCUUUUAGGGCGGUGAGGGCGAGGAGGGAGGUGAGGGAGAAGUUGGACGAGUUGGAUAUGGCGGGUGGUGUGGUGAGGGAUAUUCAGGCGACGUUUAGGGGGUUUUUGGAGAGGAGGAGGAUACAGGAGCAGCUUGGGCAGUUGGAUGUGGAGGAGGGGCCGGUUAGGGAUAUCCAGGCGACGGUGAGGGGGUUUUUGGCGAGAAAGAAGAUGGAGGUGCAGCAGAGGGAGGUGAGGCAGAGCGAGGCGCCGGUGGAGAAGUUGCAGGCUGCUGUUAGGGGCAUGUUGCUUAGGAGGGAGGUGGAGAGGGAUCUGAUUGCGCUGGAGGAGGCGAUGCCGGCUAUUACUGGGAUCCAAGCUGCUGCGAGGGCGGCGCUGGAAAGGAGCCGUGUUGCCGAUCAGCUUGAGGCGCUGGAGAGUUUUGAGCCGGUUUUCACGACACUGCAGGCUGCCACCCGGGGCAAGGUCGCUAGGAGCACUGUGAAGGGGAUUGAGGCUGAGCUUAAGGAACAGGAGCCAAGCCUGGGCUUGCUUCAGGCGUAUGUUAGGGCUGGUGCCGUGCGGAGGGAGAUCUCGGAACAGCUUGAGGCCCUGGGUGAGGAGGAGGAGAAUAUCAUCUCUUUGCAGUCUCAGAUCAGAGGCAUGCUGGAGCGCAAUCGCGUUGCGGGCCUCCUCGACGCGCUCGCUGAACAGGAGGAGUCGAUUACUCUGCUUCAGGCUCAGGUGCGCGGGAUGCUCUGCAGACAGAAGCAAGGCGAGAUUCUCGACCAGCUCGAGACGAACGAGAUGGAGAUUGCCUCGCUGCAGGGUCUUGCCAGGGCUAUGCUUCUCCGCGGCAGCGUUGCUGAAGUUCUUGACGAACUGGAUGAGAAUGAAGCCGUCGUUGCCGAAGUCCAGGCUGCGGCAAAGGCGUUCAUCGUCAGGGCCAAGUUUGAAGAGAAGAAAAAGUUCUUCAACGAGAACAUGCAAAAGGUGGUAAAGAUCCAGAGCUUGGUCCGCGCCAAGCUGCAGGGCGACGCCUACAAGAGUCUUACCGGCGGGAAGAACCCACCGGUCAAUGCGGUCAAGAACUUUGUCCACCUGUUGAACGACAGCGACUUUGACUUCAACGAGGAGGUGGAGUUUGAAAGGCUGCGCAAGACGGUGGUGCAGCAGGUUCGCCAGAAUGAGAUGCUGGAGCAGUACAUUGACCAGCUCGAUAUCAAGAUUGCGCUGCUGGUCAAGAACAAGAUCACGCUGGAUGAGGUUGUCAAGCAUCAGCAUAACUAUGGCGGCCAUACGGGGACGCUGCUGGCGAAUAGCUCCAUGUCGAGCGCCAACCAGUUUGAUUUGAAGGCACUGAACAAGGGGUCGAGGAAGAAGCUGGAGUCGUAUCAGCAGCUGUUUUUUGCGCUGCAGACGCAGCCGCAGUAUCUGGCUAGGCUGUUUAAGCGGCUGAGGGAGGUGGGGACGGCGGAGAAGGAGUGCAAGAGGAUUGAGUUGCUGAUGAUGAGCCUGUUUGGGUAUGCGCAGAAGAGGAGGGAGGAGUAUUAUCUCCUGAAGCUUAUUGGGAGGGCGAUUGGGGAGGAGGUGGAUGCUUGCAAUAGUUUGCAGGAUUAUCUCAGGGGCAACUUUUUCUGGUCGAAGCUGCUGCAGAACUACACCAGAUCGCCGCGGGACAGGAAGUACCUGCGGGAUCUGCUUGGUCCUUUGAUCCGCGACAAUAUCAUCGAGGACCCGGAGCUGGAUCUGGAGAGCGAUCCUAUGCAGAUUUACCGGUCUGCCAUCAACAACGAAGAGCUGAGGACUGGUCGGCCGAGCAGUCGCCCUUUGGACAUUCCCCGAGAGCUUGCGAUCAAGGAUCCGGAGACCAAACAAGUCUUUAUUGAUCACCUGCGCGACUUGAGGGAGAUUUGCGAUCAGUUUUUGUUCGCGCUGGAGGAUCUGCUGCCGAGGAUGCCGUAUGGGCUCCGGUUUGUCUGCAAGCAGAUCUUCGAGGCGUUGAGGCAGAGGUUUCAGAGGGAGGACCCGGUCAGGUUGUUGAACGUGGUGAUGAACUGGCUGUGGAAGUUCUAUCUGCAACCUGCGCUGACGGCGCCGGAGAAUGUCGGUGUGGUUGAGAAGCAGCUUAGCCCGCUCCAGAAGAGGAAUCUGGGCGAGGUGGCCAAGGUGCUCAGCCAGAUGGCUUCGGGGAGGCAGUUUGGUGGGGAUAACGUCUAUCUCCAGCCGUUGAAUGCGUUCAUUGCGGAGAGCAUUGAGCGGUUGACGGGGUUGACGGAGGCGUUGAUUGCGGUGCCGGAUGCGGAGAGGACGUUUGAUAUUGAUGAGUACAACGAUCUUUACGCGAAGAACAAGCCGACGUUGUACAUCAAGAUGGCGGAUAUCUUUGCGAUUCACAACUUGAUCGCGUCGGAGCUGAUUCAUCUCUGCCCGAACAGGGAUGAUAUGCUUCGGGAGAUCAUGCAAGAUCUGGGAAGCGCCAAGCACAACGAGAGCGAGAUGACGGCUGCCGGGUCGACCGACAUUCAAAUGUUUCUGACGCCCAAGCUGCACGAUGUGGCGGACCCUGACGCGGAAGUCAAGGCGCUGUUUAUGGAGACCAAGAGGUGCAUCUUGUACAUCAUUCGCGUUCAAACUGGCACCAACCUCAUGGAGAUCUUGGUGAAGCCCAUCACGCAGGACGACGAGCACAAGUGGCAGAUGCUGCUGAGGGAUGACUUUUCCAACGGGAGCAACACCAAGGGCGCGUACUCGGAUGCGAACAUGGUUGAUGUUACGCGCAUGAGCUAUUACGAGCUGAAGAGGAUGGCGCUGGAGAACGUGAUGAGGCUGGAGCAGAUUGGGAGGAUAUCGAGGCAUAAUUACUAUCAGGAUAUUCUGAAUGCGAUUGCCCUGGACAUCAGGACGAAGAGCAGGAGGAGGGUGCAGAGGCAGAGGGAGCUGGAGGGGGUGAGGAUGACGUUGAGUAACUUGCACGAGAAGGCGAGGUAUUUGGAGCAGCAGAGGAAGUCAUACGACGACUACAUUGAGCAAGCCAUGGCUACGCUGCAGAACAAGAAAGGGAAAAAACGCUUCCUCCUCCCCUUCACAAAACAGUACAACCACCAACGGGAGCUGGAGCGGUCCGGCCGGGUGCCCAAGUUUGGGUCGUACAAGUAUUCCGCCCGCGCGCUCAACGACAAGGGGGUGUUGGUCUCGUGGGCGGGGAUACCGGAGAGGGAGUGGGGGCAGAUCAACCUGACCAUCUCGUGCGACGAGGUUGGCGUUUUUAGCCUGGAGGGGAGCAGGGGACACAUCCAGAUUCCUGGCGCGAGCGCGCUGGUGCCGAUUGAGGACUUGCUGCAGGCGCAGUUUGAGGCGCAUCAGUUUAUGCAGCUGUUUGAAGGGGGUUGCUUGAAGCUGAAUGUGAACUUGCUGUUGCAUUUGGUUUAUAAGAAGUUUUAUAGGACGCAGUAA